UGAUGAUUAAUUUUUAGUUAAUUAAAAGUAAAGCACAUAUAAAUGUAACAAAUAUUCAUGGAAAUACUCCAUUACAUUAUGCUUGUUUUCAUCGAUAUUUAUCUAUUGCGAAAUAUCUUAUUGAAAUUGGUCAUGCUUUACUUUUUGUUUCCAAUCGUUAUGGACAAACACCAUUAAAUUUAUGUUCCUCCAGAGAAAUGUGUACACAAUUAAAUGAUUUAGCAAAAGAACAAGGACAAGAUGAAAGAAUUAUACCAUUUGACGAACAUAAUAGAUUUUCAAUAAUACCAAUGUUUGAUAUUAUUGGAUCAUCAUCAUCAACAAAAUCAGUAAUUGAUAUUCGAGAAUUACAAUUUGAACGUUGUCUUUUUUCGAAUCAUCGACAUGAGAUUUGGCAAGCAAUCUAUAAUGAUACACCAAUUAUGGCAAAAAUAUUUAAAUUACGUCAUAAUUCAUAUACACCAGGAAUAUUUCAACAUGAAAUUGAUAAAAUAAAAGUUUUUAAUUCAUCACAUUUACUUGUACCAUUUGGAAUAUGUCAUGAUAGUCCAAAUGUUAUUGUUCUUACACAAUAUUUAUAUGGAAAUCAAACAUUAUUUCAUAUGUUACAUAAAACAAAUGUAACAAUGGAUUCAACAAUAUCUCUUAAAUUAGCCUUAGAUAUUGGACGUGGUAUGGCAUAUUUACAUGGAAUAACAAAUUCAUUUCGUCCACAAUUCAUUCUCAAUAGUCAUCAUAUUAUGAUCAAUGAAGAACAUGUUGCUCGACUUAAUCUAGCUGAUUGUCAUUUUUCAUUUGAAUCAAAUAUUGAACUUGAUCAUCCUGCAUGGAUAGCUCCUGAAGUAUUAGAAAAUGGAAUUUUAACAAAUGCGUCAGAUAUUUGGUCAUUUGCUAUUCUUCUCUGGGAAUUAUUUACAUGUCGUAUACCAUUUGGUGAUCUAACACCAAUGCAAUGUGGUUUAAAAAUUGUUCAUGAACGUCUUCGUUUACCAGCAACUAGUAUUUCAUCUCAUAUUGAUAAACUUAUUCACAUAUGUACACAUGAUGAUCCGACGAAACGGCCAUCAUUUGAGGCAAUUUUACCAAUCAUAGAAAAAAUUCAUUUCUAA